AUCUUCGACUCGUUUUAACGCCGAGUAAACUGUUUUUUGUUUUCUAACUCCCCUGUUCUGUUCUUGUAGCUGUGACAAGGAGGAGCUAAAAUAUCUCCUGAUUCUUUGGAAGAUCACUCGAAGUUCUCCUCCUUUCUUUGAAAAUGACAAUUCUCUCCUUCUUCUGCAGAGCUUCUAGGUCUUUCAAUGGCUACCCUGCUUGCUCUAAGCUUCUGGUUCUCUGCACUCUCAGUAGUGGGAGUCUUGUGGCCUACUCAGAAUCACAAACAGAUGUUAGCAACACCAGUGUAAAAAUCGAUGAAAAAGACUGCAAGAAAAGGAGAGUGGUGGUUCUGGGAACAGGAUGGGCUGGUAUUAGUUUCCUUAAAGAUCUUGAUGUUUCUACACAUGAUGUUCAGGUUAUUUCGCCCAGAAAUUAUUUUGCGUUCACCCCAUUAUUGCCUAGUGUCACCUGUGGAACAGUUGAAGCACGGAGCAUUGUGGAGCCUGUCCGGAACAUUAUAAAGAAGAGAAAUGGAGAAAUACAAUUUUGUGAAGCAGAAUGUAUCAAGAUCGAUGCUGCAAACAAGAAAAUUCUGUGUCGUUCUACUUUUGACAACAACUUGGUUGGAAAUGAAGAAUUCUCUUUGGGAUAUGACUAUCUGGUUAUAGCAGUGGGAGCACAAGUAAAUACCUUUAACACCCCUGGGGUUGUGGAGAACUGUCAUUUUCUAAAGGAAGUAGAGGAUGCACAGAAGAUACGCAGGAGCGUUAUUGAUUGUUUUGAAAAGGCGGUCCUUCCUGGACUAAGUGAAGAAGAGCGAAGGAUAAACCUUCAUUUUGUAAUUGUUGGAGGGGGUCCUACUGGCGUGGAGUUUGCGGCAGAGUUGCAUGACUAUGUUCAGGAGGAUUUGGUCAACUUAUAUCCUACAGUGAAAGAUCUAGUGAAAAUAACGGUGAUUCAAUCAGGGGACCAUAUUUUGAACAUGUUUGAUGAACGAAUAAGUUCUUUUGCUGAGCAGAAAUUUAGCAGAGAUGGUAUUGAAGUUCAAACUGGAUGUCGGGUUAUUAGUGUUUCUGAUAAGGAAAUCACUAUGAAGCUCAAAUCAAAAGGAGAGGUUUGUUCUGUACCCCAUGGAUUGGUUGUUUGGUCUACUGGUGUUGAGACUCGCCCUGUUGUGAAAGACUUCAUGGGGCAAAUUGGGCAGGGUCGCAGACGUGUUCUAGCAACUGAUGAAUGGUUGCGAGUAAAAGGAUGUGCAGAUGUGUAUGCCCUUGGUGAUUGUGCUACUAUAAAUCAGCGAAAAGUCAUGGAAGAUAUUGCUACCAUAUUUAAGGCUGCAGACAAAGAUAACUCUGGUGCCUUAACUGUUAAAGAAUUUCAAGAUGUUAUAGACGACAUCCUUGAAAGGUAUCCUCAAGUGGAACACUAUCUGAAGAGCAAGCACCUGAGUGAUGUAACAGAUCUGUUGAAAGAUCCUGAGGGGAAUGCUAGAGAUGAAGUGGACAUUGAAGGGUUUAAGUUAGCCCUUUCUCAUGUGGAUUCGCAAAUGAAGAAUCUGCCAGCAACUGCCCAGGUUGCUGCACAACAAGGUGCAUAUCUCUCUAAAUGCUUCAACCGCAGGCAGCAGUGUGAAGAUAAUCCUGAAGGCCCAAGGCGUUUCAAAGGGUCUGGUCGUCAUCAAUUCCAUCCAUUUCGAUACAAACAUCUUGGGCAAUUUGCUCCUUUAGGAGGGGAGCAAGCAGCUGCUGAGCUGCCUGGAGACUGGGUUUCCAUUGGUCAUAGCACACAAUGGCUCUGGUAUUCUGUAUAUGCGAGCAAACAAGUGAGCUGGCGUACUAGGCUGUUGGUGGUAUCUGAUUGGACUCGAAGAUUCAUUUUUGGAAGAGACUCAAGCCGCAUUUGAGGCAGCAACACGAGAACAUUGUAAAUAAGUUUGGGGACUCAAUAAUACUUCGGUCGUAUGGUGUUUGCAAUUGCAUCUGUUGUAUAUUUCUAUAUUGCUAUUAUUAUGAAAAGUUGCUUCAUCAAACAAACUCAAGUUAGACGAUGGUCAAAUCCCGAUUGAAACUGAAUUAGUGAAGAAAAGACGAAUUGAAGCUUUUUUGGAAAA